AUGCAAUACGUUGGAAAGAUGGGCGAUUACGUCUACAACCAGUGGAAUUCCUUGAACCCGGCUACUCUUUCUGGUGCAAUUGAUAUCAUAGUAAUUGAACAGCCCGAUGGUUCUCUUCACUGUUCACCUUGGCAUGUCAGGUUCGGCUUGUUUCAAAUCAUCAAGCCGCUGGAGAAGAAGAUCGUUUUAUACGUUAAUGAUAUAAAAACAGACUUACCCAUGAAGCUCGGUGAAGGAGGAGAGGCGUUUUUUGUGUUUGAGACUGACUCCAGGGAUGUGUCUCAAUCUGUGGUGACUUCUCCCGUAGUAAGUCCCGAGAAAUCUCCUUCGGGUUCGCCGGAGUCCACUCCUGGCCCCGGAAGAAGUGAACCGGAUCUAUUAGACUUGAAUCAAUCUGCAGCUCAGCUCAAUGAUAUCGACUCGAAGAUUAAGCUUGAGGAUUCGCCUGCGCCGGAACAUGAUCUUCUCUCUAACUCACCAAGCUCUAGAAGAUCCACCCAGAUGCUGCGAAUAGCAUUUGAGAGAGCAAAGCAAAUCACAAAAAAACUUAAUAUUCCAUCGAAAAUUGAUGUCAAUGGAGAUAUGGUGCUUGAUAUGGAUGGAUACCAACCAAACUCACAAAAGAACAUUGAUCUGUCCGAUGAAUUAUUACAAAAAGUCUUUUUGAAAGAAAUGAAUACACUUUUGAACGGUAAGGAAUAUCAUUAUGCUCCAGAAAACGCACACGAACAUACCAAUGAUGACGAGGAGUACAAAUUUCUCCAAGGCGUGAUCAUGAAAGACAAAGAUGGCAAACUCCGUAUCAUCAACAGAGAUACAGACUUGGGCCUUGAUGAUCCCGGCAAUCCUACAUCUUCAGAUCUGAGUCCAUUGUCUGAAGGUGGAAGUAAUAGCCCCGAACCUACGGGCGAACAAGCCCCUGUUCAAGGAGAAAAAGUCUACAUUAAGACUUUGAGGUUGACAUCUGACCAAUUAAAAAGCAUGAAUCUUAAUUAUGGGCGCAAUAAGAUAAAGUUUAAGCUGACAUCGGGAAGCUCUCAAGUGGAAGCAGAUUUGUAUCUUUGGAAAUCUACUACUCCUAUUGUUAUUUCAGAUAUCGACGGAACGAUUACCAAGUCGGACGCAUUGGGCCAUGUGCUCAAUAUGUUCGGAAAAGAUUGGACACAUCCGGGCGUUGCUAAAUUGUUUUCUGAUAUCAGCAGAAACGGAUACAACAUACUUUAUUUAACAGCGCGGUCUGCUGGACAGGCAGACACAACACGCCAGUAUCUCCACAGCAUCGUGCAAGAUGGCUACAAGCUACCCAAAGGACCUGUUAUUCUCAGCCCCGACAGAACCAUUGCAGCCUUGAAGCGGGAGAUUAUCUUGAAGAAACCUGAAGUCUUCAAAAUGGCAUGCCUUCGUGAUAUUAAAAGCUUAUUUUUCAGCAAGCAAGGCGAGCAUCCAGAUAUUGAUGACGACAGAACUCCAUUCUACGCUGGCUUCGGAAAUCGUAUUACGGAUGCCAUCAGUUACAAAAGUGUAAAGAUUCCAUCGCACCGGAUUUUCACCAUUAAUCCUGUUGGAGAAGUGCACAUGGAGUUAUUGGAACUUGCAGGGUAUCGUUCGUCGUACUUACACAUUGGGGAGUUGGUGGACUGCUUCUUCCCCCCUUUGAAGUACAUUAGCGUUUUCAAUGACAAUUGGGACGAGAAGCAACUCAACCAGUAUAUGGACAGCAAGAGUCGCCCAGACGAUGCUGCAGAUCUCCAAGGACCAGAAUCUCCAAGAUCCAUCGCUUGUCCAGGAUCCCCAAGAAGUAUCAGCAGCUACCCAGAGGAGGUUCCUUUGGUUCAUGAUGAAAAGUUCACAGACUGA